UCACCCAGCAAAUGUCAGACCUGUAGGGUAUGUGAGCUUCAGGGAGAUUAUGGGGAGUGUCUCUAAUACAAUCUACUGGUUUCCUAACACGACUUGCCGGAAGUAAGAAGAGCUGAGGCUUUGCCAUUUAAACUCAAACCUCCAAGCACCUGUGAUUCUGCCCAUUCAAUCUCGAACUCUGCCCAGAGCCAAACUGGGAGGCUCUGCGUUGCUCGUGCCGGGUGCGGACCCGGGAGAGCCGAAUUAGUAAAGCUUAUUCAGAAGGCUGCAAAAUGGGUGGUCCAGAUCUGUAGAACUACAACUCCCGAGAGGCUUUGCAACAGCCUCCAUCUUUCCUCACCGCCAGGCAGUGGGCGAAGCUAAUUUUGCGUCAGCAGUACUUUUGCGGUUGCUGUCGCAGAGAGAUAACGCAAGUCCCAAGCCGGGACUGUCAGUCAGAGCUCCGCCUGGUCCGGGCCAGGGGCCCGCGGGGCCGGCGGAGCCAUGGCGGCCGUGUUUGAUCUAGACUUGGAAACCGAGGAAGGCAGCGAGGGCGAGUCGGAAUUCGGCCCUACGGAGGUGUGUCCCCUUGGCGAGUUGAGGGCUGCUGGCCUGGAGACGGUGGGACACUAUGAGGAGGUGGAGCUGACAGAGAGCAGCGUGAACCUGGGCCCUGAGCGCAUCGGGCCCCACUGCUUUAAGCUUCUGAGUGUGCUGGGCAAGGGGGCCUAUGGCAAGGUGUUCCAGGUGAGAAAAGUGCAGGGCAGCAACCUGGGCAAAAUAUAUGCAAUGAAAGUCUUGAGAAAGGCCAAGAUUGUACGCAAUGCCAAGGACACAGCACAUACCCAGGCUGAGCGGAACAUUCUAGAAUCUGUGAAGCAUCCCUUCAUUGUGGAAUUGGCCUAUGCUUUCCAGACAGGUGGCAAACUCUACCUCAUCCUGGAGUGCCUCAGUGGUGGCGAGCUCUUCACACAUCUUGAGCGCGAAGGCAUCUUCUUGGAAGACACAGCCUGUUUCUACCUGGCUGAGAUCACACUGGCCCUGGGCCAUCUCCAUUCCCAAGGCAUCAUCUACCGGGAUCUCAAGCCUGAGAACGUCAUGCUCAACAGCCAGGGCCACAUCAAACUGACAGACUUUGGACUCUGCAAAGAGUCCAUCCAUGAGGGUGCUGUCACCCAUACCUUCUGUGGUACCAUUGAGUACAUGGCCCCAGAGAUUUUAGUGCGCAGUGGCUACAACCGGGCAGUGGACUGGUGGAGCCUGGGGGUUCUGAUGUACGACAUGCUCACUGGAUCGCCGCCCUUCACCGCAGAAAACCGAAAGAAAAUUAUGGAUAAAAUCAUGAGAGGGAAGCUGGUGCUGCCCCGCUACCUCACCCCGGAUGCCCAGGACCUUGCCAAAAAGUUUCUGAAGCGGAAUCCCACUCAACGAAUUGGGGGUGGCCCAGGAGAUGCUGCUGAGGUGCAGAGGCACCCCUUCUUCCGGCACAUCAAUUGGGAUGACCUCUUGGCCUGCCGUGUGGACCCUCCCAUCAGGCCAAGCCUGCAAUCAGAAGAGGACGUGAGCCAGUUUGAUACACACUUCACACAGCAGACGCCAGUAGAUAGUCCAGACGACACAGACCUCAGUGAGAGUGCCAACCAAGCCUUCCUGGGCUUCACAUAUGUGGCACCUUCUGUCCUGGACAGCAGUAAGGAGGGCUUCUCCUUCCAGCCCAAGCUGCGUUCCCCCAGGCGCCUUAACAGCAGUCCCCGCACCCCCAUCAGGGACCAAGAAAUCCAAGAAGAGCCGAGGGCGCCCAGGACGCUAAGAGAAUAGAGGAAGAGGCUCAGCACUGAGGCCUGCGCCCUGGCAGCUGUGAGAACCUGGCUGCCUCCAACCUGGGUAUAUUUGGGAGAUGAGAGUGUCUUGGGGGGAGUGGUUGGGCCCAAAAAUCAUGUACAUGGAGGGCUGCAGCUUGCAGCCAGUGAGGACGGUUACCAAUGCCCAUUCUAUCAGAAGGAACCUCACUAGUGCCCUUAUAGAAUUAAAGGACUGAAUCAUGA